AACCUGUUCUACAACAUAACAUAACCUUUCUCUACGAUAUAACCUAACUUUAUUUGUUUGUAUGAAGUGAUGUGUACAAAACAAACAUGAGCAAUAUUUAUAUUUUAGAACCACAAACUUCUGGAAAGGUGUUAUUGAAGACCACCGUCGGGGAUAUAGACAUAGAAUUAUGGGCCAAAGAGACUCCAAACACUUGCAGAAACUUUAUUCAGUUGUGUAUGGAAGGAUACUACAACAACACAAUAUUUCACAGAGUUGUAAAAGACUUUAUUGUCCAAGGUGGUGACCCUCUUGGUGAUGGAACUGGAGGUGAAUCCAUAUAUGAAGGACCUUUUAAAGAUGAAUUUCAUCAAAGACUUAAAUUUACUAGAAGAGGCCUCGUGGCUAUGGCAAAUGCUGGAAAAGAUGAUAAUGGCUCGCAAUUUUUCUUUACAUUGGGUCCUACACCUGAGCUACAAAAUAAACAUACAAUUUUUGGUAAAAUUGUUGGUGACACAAUUUUCAAUAUGCUUAAGCUUACAGAAGGUCUUAUUGAGGAUGAACGACCUGUUUAUCCUCAUAAAAUUAUCAAAACUGAGGUUUUAAAUAAUCCUUUUGAUGAUAUAAUUCCAAGGAUUAAACAAGUAGAAGUAAAAGAAAAGAAGAAAAAGGAAAAAAAGGCUGGUGUUAAAGAUUUUAAGUUACUAUCAUUUGGAGAAGAAGCUGAAGAAGAUGAAGAAGAAUCCUCAAAGGAAAAUGUGAAAUUCACUGGCAAAGGAAAGUCAUCUCAUGAUGUUUUAGAUGACCCUCAGUUAAGCUCAGCAACUACAGAGGUUACAUCUUCAAAUGAACAAGAGAUUAGCCCAGAAGAACAACUGGAAAAUAUAAGAAAAAAACUUAAAACCAAACAUGAGAAAAAUGAUAAAAAAACUGCACCUGUAACCAUAAAUAAAAUUGAUAAUUGUGAUGAUGAAGACAAAGACCUAGAAGAGUACUAUUUAAACAAAGAUAGGGAUUUAGAAAAAGAGAAAAAAAUAGUGGAACUUAAACAACAAAUAAAAGAUGUGAAAAAAGAAUACCAUAAAAAUAAACUUAAAAAGGAAGAAGAAAAGGAAACAAAUCAAAAAGAUGAUGUAGAGAAAAGUGAAACAUUUAAGGAGUACAAAACUGAAUAUGACAAAUAUGCAGAAAAAAAGAAAACUUUGCCAAAAAAAGGAGCCGGCAGGGAACAGUUUACUUUGGCCUUAUUAGAAAAAUUUAAGAAAAAAUUACACACUGCAAAGGAAAAUCAAGAUGAACAUGAAGAAGAAAUUGAGACAAAAGGGAGUGAUGAUGUGGAUGAAGAUGAAAAUUGGUUAUCACAUAAACUCCACUUUAAAGAGGACACUCCAGUUUUAGCGAAAGAUGCAAAUACCAAAGAUGAUGAUUGGUUUGAAAUUUAUGAUCCUAGGAAUCCUCUCAACAAACGAAGAAGAGGAGAAAAUUCUUCAAAAUCCAAAAAAUGACACUUACAUCAUCUUAUAUAUUUACUUAUUUAUUUUAAUAUUGUAAUAAAACGGAAACAUGUAAUUAAAUUUUUAAAGAUAA